GUUCAGUAUUACUCCACCCUUGGUCACAAGAAGUUUUUAAGGAUUUUUGGAGAUCCAUUUUCAUACCGCAAAAAAAUAUUUAUUAUUGUUUGUUAACCGUAAUUAUGUGUUUUAUACUAGACAAGUAUAAAAUUGUUAAGAUAUUUAUUAUAAUUACAAUAACUUCAAAUAUUCACGUUACAGCGGUCACCAAUGAUACAACAUAUUUCCACACAAGACAACUGAGUGGUCAACAAUACGGUCUAGACUAUAAUUUACAAAACUACCCAAAUGCGGAGAAAAUCGCAAACCGACCAAGAACGCUGUUCGAUUGGGACAGUCCACCGACUUUAUCAAAAGAAGAAAAUAAAGUACAAAAUACAAAAGAAGCCGUUGAAAAAUUAGAAACUGAGAGAGUUGAGAACAACGUUUGGUGGCCAUGGAAAAAUUACGAUGAUUGGCUGAAUGGUAGGGGGUUAAAAGCGGGACAGCCAAAUAACAAAGAACAGAAAACUAAAAAGGAGAAAAAAAAUAAAAAAAAAAACAGAAAAAAUGGUAAAAAAAGAAAAAAAUCCAAAACUGGUAAAAAACAACCAAAAGUCAUCAUUGAAGGAAACAAUCAAUCGUUAACCAAUAGCGAAAACAAUGAAAUUAUAAAAAAAGAUUCUAUACCAGAUAUACAGUAUAAAACAUCACAAAUUGAUGUAAUUUUAAAAAAUUCUACGUUAGUUCCAACUUUGGUGAAAUAUACUACCAGAAAUUAUACCUACGAUGUAAAUGAAUGUUUAACAAAUAACGGUGGAUGUGAAGGACUAUGUAUCAACACUCCAGGAUCGUACAGAUGUCACUGUCCUUCAGGCUUUAUGGUAGCUGAUACUAAGUGUGAAGAUGUCGACGAAUGCUUGUUGCGCAACGGGCAUGGGCCAUGCCAGGGCACGUGCACCAACACUUGGGGCGGUUACAAGUGUUCGUGCCACGGCGUGCCGGGCACUAAACUGGCCGGAGACGGACACACUUGUGAUGACGUGGACGAGUGUCGGGACGGGACAGCCGGGUGCUCGCACCAGUGCAUAAACACGGUGGGAUCCGCGUUCUGUGUGUGCCCGGACGGGUUGCAGUUGGACGAGGAUUGGAAAACAUGCGUGGACGUGGACGAGUGCUCGGACCCGGAAAUGCAACAGCCGCCGGAAGUGUGCGCCGACCGCGGCAUGGCAUGUCUGAACACGUACGGCUCGUACAAGUGCUCGUGACGUCUCCACCGGGAACCACACGGCCCCGCGUGUUGGGCAUGAGUAGAACGUGGACCUACGCGGUACAACACGCACGCGCUGACCUACACGUACCUACAGGUGUACGAAAACUGUCCAAAACCUUAACCUUAACCAUUAAUCAACUAGUCAUACUAAACGCACGCGCGUUGCCGUUGUUUUUGUUAUAAUACUCCUUAAUUUGUUGAUAGGGGUUAAUCUAAUAAUACAUUUAAUAUCUUUAUUAAAACGAUCUAUUCGUAUUACGCGUAAGUAAGUAGUGAAGGAUUUAAAUGCUGUGCCGUAAGAACGUAAAAGUUCAAAUUCAUUGCAAUUUCGUAUGAUAAAAAAAAAAAUCGUUAAAUUAUUUUUGUUCACAAGAUGUAAACAUACUUUCAGUUCAUGACGGUAGUUUUUUUUUUUUUGCGUUCUAACUUCGUAAUUUGUGUUAAUACUUUCCCGCAUAGUCUAAGUAUCGUUUUUGAUUAAAACAUAUAUCAAUAUGUAUAUCAAGUUAAUAAGAUAUGAAUAUAAUUAAUCGAUUUAUAAAGAAUUGAUUUCACGAAUUCGUAUUUUAAUGACGAAUAAAUGAUGAGAUAACGGCUUAUAUGACGGGAAAAAAUUUUGGGAGACCAUAUUAAGUAGAAAUUGUAAACGAAGGUAGUCCAAGUAAUAGAUCCAUCACUGCUUUAUCGAGUGUUUUUAUAAUUGGUUUGUAUUUUUUUUUUUUUUUUACAUAUUAAUAAUAAAUUAUUAUUUAGACGUUAAGUUAACUUAUACGAGUACUUCGAUUUUCGACUAACCGAUUUUAAUACAAUUAAACAAUCUAAACACAAUAA